CAGCAAUCAAUAGUGUCAUCUUUUGCUGCCAUUGCGCCAUAUGAGCAACAUUCCAAAAGGAGAAAAACGAUCACACACGCCAUUGCUUUUUGUCUAGCAAAAGACAUGAUGCCUUUAAACUCAGUGGAGAAAGAUGGAUUUAAGCAUUUAAUCAAAGUGCUGGACCCGAGGUACGAAAUCCCCGGCAGAAAAUAUUUUUCUCAAACUGCAAUGCCACAGCUAUAUGACGAAUGCAGAGGAAAGCUGGAAACUGAGCUUAAAGAGGUGAAAUACUUUGCAACUACAAGUGACCUUUGGUCAAGUCGCACAUCAGAGCCAUAUUUGAGUCUCACGAUUCAUUACAAUGACAAGGAGUGGGCUCUUCAAAGCACAUGCUUGCAGACUGUGUAUUUUCCGGAGGACCACACUGCUGAAAUCAUCAGCCAGGGGCUGGAGGAUGCGCUGGAAUCAUGGGGCCUUAGCGAAGACCGACAGGUGUGCAUCACAACAGAUAACGGAGCCAACAUAGUAAAAGCUGUUGCUCUCAAAGGCUGGACCCUGCUGCAGUGUUUCGGUCAUCGGCUGCACUCAGCUAUUGGCUGCGGUGGAAAUUAUGAAUGACAGUUCUGACAGCAUUUUAGGUGCAAAUGCAGGAGUCUCAUCAUCUUGGUACACAGUAUGGAGACCCAUUCGCAGAAACAGCAAGCUCAGAUCCAUCAGAGGAGUGAAAUUUUGGAAGAUAUUGAGAUGGAUGACAUGCGUAGCAGCAUGAGCAGAUGCACGGUACAUUGUAAGAACACCAUGGGAGAGAGGCCAUUCCUUCUGGGAAACAGAGGUGCUCCAGAAAUUUCUGGAGAAAGACUGGUACCUCAACUUCAGAAUGCCCUUGAGGUCUUCAACAUACUGUGUGACCAGCUGCGCCCAUACGUCAACCCUCAAACCACUAACAUGCUGGAACCAGUGCUGUUAGAGAAGAGGGUUGCAGUUACCAUCUACAGGCUUGUCAGUAAUGUUAAGUUUCACGAUGUUGCCAAUCUGUUUGGUAUUGGGGUCAGCAUAGCCUGCAACAUCUUCUGGGAAGUAUGUGAGGCCCUGAGCAAACUCAGAAAGAUUUAUGUGAAGAGGCCAAAAACUGUCCCUGAAGUGAAAGCUAUCGUGACAGGUUUUGAGAAGAAGACAGGAUUCCCCAUGUGCGCUGGUGCUUUGGAUGGCACACACAUCCCUGUCAUUGCCCCACAGAGCUAUCCCACUGACUACUACAACAGAAAAGGAUGGUACAGUGUUCUCCUUCAAGGACUUGUAGACCACACUUACAAGUUCCUUGAUUUCAAUGUUGGCUGGCCUGGGAAGUGCCAUGACGCAUAUGUUUUGAGUGUUCCUGUCUGUGCCGCAAGCUGGAGGAUGGCACUUUUUUCCCUCCUACAAUGCCUGCUUGAGCCGUGCACGCAUCCAUGUUGAGCAUGCAUUUGGCCGCCUUAAGGGUCGCUGGCGAUGCAUCAUGAAGAGAAAUGAUUCUCAAACAAAAAAUGUUAAAUAUGUUGUAUCAGCUUGCAUAGUGUUGCACAACUUCUGUGAGAUGCAGAAUGUUGCCUACCAGGAACCCCAGGAAGACAUGUUGGAGCAGCCAGAGGCAGGACCAAAGCAGCAUGUUGCACCUGAUGUUCCUGCUCUCUCCCCAGCAGAGUGCAUCCGGGAGGCCUUGGUAGCUCAUAUCCACACAAUGCAAUCAAGACCCAUGUGAGACUGAAAAAAAACUCAAUUUAUUGAGUGUAGACCAUAUUUCUGAACUUUACAAUUCACAUUCAGUUUCAAAUUCUUUUUUUUUUUUUUUUUUUUUUUUUUAAUUUUGUGGGUUACUUUUUUUAAAAAUUAGAACAAUUUUGUUAUAAAACUUUUCUCAGUUUACAUAAAAUUAAAUACUUUCUUAAAAAAAACAAAAUGUGCAAAAAAUGCUUUCCUGUUCAAAUAAAAAGGCACAUUUCUGAGGUUAAUACUUUAAAUUCAGUUUCAACUUUGUUAUAAAAUAACUUGUUUAAACUUUUUCUCAGUUUACAUAAAUUUAAAUACUUUGUUAAAAAAAGUGCAAUAAUAAUGCUUUCCUGUUAAAAUAAAAAGGCACAUUUGUAAACUUCAAUUUCAACUUUGUUAUAAAAUAACUUGUUGGUUGUUUAAACUUUUUCCUCAACACAUAGAAAAUGUGCAAAAUAUUGCUCUCCUGUAGUUGAGAAAUAAAUAACACCAAAAACAAAAAACAGUGAACUGUCACAACUUAGGACUUGCAUUUUAAACAGUCAACCUGAAUUUCUAAUGUCUAAAAGACAUGACAAGAACAUAAUGCUUUCCUGCACAGUGAUUAGGCACAAAUAAAAAACUAGUUGGGUGAGUCAUUAUAGUAGUGCACCAGAUGUGCUACUGGAGCAGGGGGUCCAGGGGCUGUGGAUGCUAUGGGGCUUAAGUCCAUGCUCUCAGCUGAUGGACCUUGGUGAGGUGGUGGAUAAGGGAAGUGUUGAGGCGCCAUAUAAUGUGAAAAAGGGGGUGGGGGCCUAAAGCACUGAAACAGCUGAAGCAUUAACUCUCUGUUCUCUUUUGCUUUUCUGUCCUCUGUUUCCAUCCUCUUCAUUUCAAAAUCAAGACGUUUCUUCUCCAGCUCCAUUCUAUUUCUCUCCACCUCUUUCUCCCAUUCAAGCCGCUCCUUCUCGUAGUCAUGGGUGUUGUCAUUUUGUGCGAGACGGUCCAGACCCUUGUCCAGUGCCUCCAUUAUCUGUGUUUUUCGCGCCUUUCUUCGGCGAUGUGCUAUAAAAACAAAACAUUUUUUGAGCAAACUGAAUUGAUAAAAACUAUAAACAACAGGAAAAAUAAAUGCAGCAGUGAUUCAAUUAAAUUUCCAUUCCCUCUGCAACAAUUUGGUUCCUCAAAGAUCAGUUUUUUAAAGAUCAGUUUUGUUUAUUUCAGCACAUUUCAAAAGUGUAUUGGAUAUGAAUAUGUGACUGAACUGAUUCAGUCAGCAUAUUCACUCUGAAAUAAGUGAAUGUAUGCAAUAUAUGAUUUUUUUUAUAUGAACUCAUUACAGAAAUGUUAUUUCCAAUAUACAGUAUUUGAUUCAAAUUUCACAGAAUGAUGCAAUUGAACUUCAAAUAGAUCAAUACAUCUUGAAAAGAUGGCGCCAGCGUGUGCGGCCGGCCGUCUGUCAGCUCUGCUGGGAUUAGUGUUUGCAGUUGUAUUUAAUAUUUUCUGUCAAGAUGUGUCUGCUCUCCUGGUGUAUGAUCGCCAAGCACUUAUUGAUAUUAAAACAUCUCAUGAGAAGCUGUUAAUGUUUGAUUAUGGUGAUCGGACCUCAAGCCCUCCACCAUUCCUGGCGUCCAUACCAGCUUACCUGUGUCGCUCACCUGUCCUCUGGAAGAGGUGCUCCAGAAGACGAGGGAAACGAGGGGGUGUGCUGGUGAGAAUCAAGGCUUACCUGAGGGCCGGCCUAGGGACUAAUCCUCAUCGUCUUUCCAACGGAUUGUCUGCGGCUUGCUGGUGUAUUGGAAUCCGGUGGAUCCGGCCUAUUGUUCCCCCUCACCUGCCUGGGAUCCUGCCUCACUCACCGGUGGAGAUUCCUCUCUCUAGGCGGAGCCGGGUGCGCUAUGGCGGCGUCAAUCGCAGGAACCUUCGGGCACUGGACCGCGCCGCUUUACCCGGACCAGAGGAAAAGGAUCUUCACUUGGCUCUCUUUAAUGCACGAUCGAUAGCAAACAAGACGUUUUUGCUAAACGAUUUCUUCGUCUCACGUAAACUGGAUUUUAUGUUCCUGACGGAGACAUGGCUACAUGUUGGUGAGUCCACCCCACUCUCGGAACUUCUCCCUCCCGGCUGUCUGUUUCUCAGCUCCCCGCGAUUAACCGGCAGAGGAGGGGGGCUAGCGUCGGUGUUCAAAUCCAGCUUUCAAUGCCAACAAUCGUUACCUGGCUCCUUUUCUUCUUUUGAACUGCAGACAUUUGUGUUAAACUUAACAUCUCCAAUUCUGUGUGCGCUGGUCUAUCGCCCACCUCACCUCAAUAAGGAUUUCAUACAAGACUUUGGUGAUUUUCUGGCAGAAACAACAUUGAGAUAUGAUCGGGUUUUAAUUGUUGGUGAUUUUAACAUACAUGUCUGCUGUGAAUCAAAACCUCUGGCCAGGGAAUUCAUGAAUCUUAUUGACUCGUUUAAUCUCAUCCAGUCGUGGUUGGGCCAACGCAUGAAAAAGGACACACACUGGACCUUGUGCUGUCACUUGGUUUAAACUUAAGCAUUACUGAGAUUUGUAAUACUCAUAUCUCUGAUCACUUCGCUGUUUUAUUUACUGUUACUGUGCCUUAUUCCCAUGUUAAACCGUGCGCUCCUGCGUGCCGUGCGCGCACUAUUAACUCUUUGACAGCGUCUCAGUUUUCCGAAGCUUUUAAUGUCUCUGGGCUCCUCGCCAGCGAAGGGCGCUGUAAUCUUAGUACCGAAAAGUUUACAGCUCUUUUAAAUUCUACAUGUACUGACUUAAUGGACUUGGUGGCGCCUUUUAGGAUGAAACGCGCUAAACCACUGACUGAACCAUGGCUGAAUGACACCACCCGCACUCUCAGACGUGCAUGUAGACGCGCUGAGAGAAAGUGGAAGAGAGAUCGUCUUCAAAUCUCUCUAGAUAUUUUAAGAAAUAGUUAAUCUGAAUAUCAGAGAGCUGUUAAAGCUGCAAAAACUAAUUUCUUCUCAAACCUUGUGUCAAAUAACAGACAUAAACCUCAGUUUCUUUUUAAUACCCUUAAUUUGCUUUUAAAUACCUGUAAUUCUACCUCCAUUGUAUCUUCUCCUGCACUAUGUGAAAAAUUUCUUAAAUUUUUCAAUGACAAGAUUUCUGCCAUCAGGUCCAUUCCCUCUCCUCUGGCCUCUGACCCUGUUGCUUCCUCCGUAGCCCCAGUUAUUUUUGAGACUUUUGAGCAAGUGUCUCUUCCUUCUUUAACUAAAAUAGUUCAGCAGCUACGGCCAUCCUACUUCCCCCUAGACAGCAUUCCACCCCGUUUCUUCAAGGAUGUUUUUAUCACGCUGGGGCCUUGUAUUGUCGACCUUAUAAAUUCUUCCUUGAUGUCUGGCUAUGUCCCCGCUGCUUUCAAACAUGCUGUGGUGCAGCCCCUCAUCAAGAAGAAUAAUCUUGAACCUUCAGUUUUGUCGAACUACAGACCUAUUUCUAAGCUCCCUUUUUUGUCCAAAUUCUUAGAAAAGGUAGUGUAUGAACAACUGCAGUCGCAUCUGGACUUAAAUGGCGUUUCUGAAAAGUUCCAGUCGGGCUUUAAAGCACGCCAUAGCACAGAAACAGCCCUUUUAAGAGUCUUUAAUGAUCUGCUUUUAAUUGUUGAUUCUGGUAACACUGCUGUUCUGGUGCUCUUAGACUUGACUGCAGCUUUCAACACAGUAGAUCAUAAGAUUCUUUUAUCAUGUCUUGACCUGUGUGUAUGUAUUAAAGGUACAGCGCUCAAAUGGUUUGAAUCCUAUUUAUCAGAAAGGAGUUUCUCUG